AAAAUGUAUAGAAAAAGAAAAAUAGGAAGAAUCUAAAAGUAUCUCUCAUUCCAUCAGUUCAGUUUUCCUUGUAUGUCCGAUAUAUGCCAGGCGGAUAUUCGUCAGCAUAUAAAUAUCGUGUUUAAAUGCCGAAUAGCUGGUGGAACAUAUUUGUUUAACAUUCCAUUAGAAAACGAAUUUUGUAUCUAAUGGAAAUAGAGGAAACAAAUGACUGUGUGCUUAAGAAGCUCGCCUUUGAGACACAUUUUUUUCGGAUUCAGUCCCACGGCGCGACACCUUGGAAAUGUAAAAGAUAAAAAGCAAGUAAAAGAUAAUAGGCUCCGGAUAGCCUUGUGAGUAAAUUUGGUUGACAGAAUCUGAGUGGAAGUCCGUUGAAUACAUACAUACUAAAAUAUAUUAUCGACUGCAUAUAUUCAAUACAUGUGUUUUGCUUGUUCGCCGGUACGCUGCGGGUUAGUACGGUGGAGAUGAUUCCUUCAAAGCACUGGGUGUUAAAAUACCUGUAAGCCAUAGAUAGUGAGGCAACUCGUCUCUAAUCCCAUUCAGGAGUGAUGGAUAUCGACAUUUCGCUAUUUUGCAGCUUUUCAAUAUCAAGUAGCUGAACCUGGCGAUGCAGUUUGCCCCCUGUUCGAUUCAGUACCAAUGGCAAUAGCGAUGGCAUCAGAUAGGACAUGCAAUGAAGCUAGUAACGACAAUCAGCAGCAGUAGCGCACUUGAUUCUCGUCAGUUUCAAAGAAGUGGGAGAGAGAGUAAACACGAAGAAAGAAGCGCUUAGCUUCAAGAAUUCAUUUACAUUUCACUUCGCUCUUUUAACAAAGCCGAUGUGCCAUUGUGUCAAAAUGCAUCAAUAUUCUGAAUAUUUGGAUGGUAAAACUGUACUUAUUACUGGAGCAAAUACAGGACUUGGAAAAGAGACAGCUUUAGAAUGUGCAAAAAGGAAUGCCAGGGUGAUUAUGGCUUGCAGAAAUCUAGAAAAGGCUGAAGCAGCUGCAAAAGAAAUACGUGAUGCCACAAAAGAUUCCAGUAAGAACGAGGUUGUCGUACGGGAAUUAGAUCUGUCUUCAUUCAAGUCUGUCCGUAAAUUUUGUGCAAGAAUAAACGAGGAGGAACCACAUUUAGAUAUUCUAGUCAAUAAUGCUGGAGUUUUUCGCUGUCCUUCAUCAUGUACAGAAGAUGGAUUUGAAAUGCAUUUUGGAGUAAACCACUUGGGACAUUUUCUAUUAACAACAUUGCUUCUGGAUUUGCUAAAAAAGUCUGCUCCAUCAAGAAUUGUAGUACUGUCCAGUUUCAUGUACAAAGAUGCUCGGAUAGACUUUGAUGACAUUAACUGCAAGAUAAAUUAUAAUCGCACUGAAGCUUACAGAUCUAGCAAACUGGCAAAUGUCUGGUUUUGUCGUGAAUUAUCCAAGAGAUUAGAAGGCAGUGGGGUUAAUGUUUAUUGUGUUAAUCCAGGAAUUGUUCUUACAGACAUCAUGCGACACUCAGUGCCACAAUUUUUUAGAUAUUUCGAUUGCAUUUUCAGACUAUGUUUCAAAACUCCCGCACAAGGAGUACAGACAACUUUAUAUUGUAUUCUGUCUGAAAAAUUACAAAAUGAAUCCGGAUACUAUUAUUCAGAUUGCAGCCAAGAAGACCUUAAUAGCAAUGGAUUAAAUGAGGAUGGAGCCAAAAGACUAUGGGAAGUUAGUGAAAAGGCUGUUGAAAGCGAAUAAAACAAUGUAAUUCCGAAAGACAAUGUGUGGGGUAGAUAUAAGCUCCUCAUAAGACAAGUCAAUAGGUUGACUUCAUUUCCUAAGUGCAUCACCAUAACCCAUUACAUCUUUAUUAUUAAAUCAUCCUAUAUAUAAUUUAUGUAAGUUAUAUACACUUGUCCCUUGAUCCUGCAAGUUCCUAUGCAAAUGAAAACUGUAUAACUUGAGGAGAGUAUGUUUUUAAUAAUAUUAAUAAAAGAAAAAAACAAAAACACUCACAAGUUACUGUUUAA